AUGUCAAGCAAAAUGGGGUUGCCCCAUUUUGAUGGCAUUUAUUCUCAACAACUGACGAUGAACAAAAACAGGUUUAAGCUCAUAAAAGAGAUUGGAAAUGGAACCUCGGGCAAGGCAAUACUUGCCAGAGACACCAAGGGUUCGUCCUCAAAUCUUGUUGUCCUGAAAGAAAUUCCUUUGAACCCGGAGGAGCUUGAAGUGAAGGAUCCGCUUUUUUUGCGCGAGGAGGUUGAAAUCUUGUCAAGGUUGUCGCAUCCAAAUAUUAUCAAAUACUUUGGUUCCUUCGAGGAGAGCGGGUUUUUGUAUGUGGUUACCGAAUAUGCAAACGAGGGCGAUCUGUACCAGCUGUUGAAAAAGCUCAAAGCAUCGCGGCCUCCCAAUGAUGCUUUAGAGGAGGACCAAAUAUUACGGUUCUCUUUCCAACUUAUUUCGGCAUUGGCGUACCUGCACGAUCUCAAGGUUUUGCAUCGAGAUAUAAAAUCGAGAAACAUCUUUUUGUCUUCGCUGCCUGAUGUGCGUACAAAAUCGGCAUAUCCCAAUGUGGUGUUGAAAUUGGGAGACUUUGGUAUCUCCCGCACACUUACUGGAACAAUAGAAUUGGCCCACACAGCAAUUGGAACCCCAUAUUACCUGAGUCCGGAAAUAUGUGAAUCCAAGCCCUAUGAUUACAAGUCAGACAUUUGGUCGUUGGGGUGUGUCAUCUAUGAAAUGUGCACCCUCAGGCAUGCUUUUGACUCUCGGCACAUAAGAGGGCUAAUUCUUAAAAUCAUCAAGGCCGAGUUUUUGCCGAUUCCAAAGUACGGCGCGACGCGGUGCCCCAAUAACUCACUUCUUUCAUCUCUCAUUUCGAGCCUGCUUCAAAAGGACCCUAACAUGCGGCCCUCUGCCAAAGACCUUCUUUUGCUAUCAAUCAUGUCCAAGUACAAUGUCCCAACAAAAAAGGUGCCCGAAAAGCCCCCACAACUCACCACUAGCAACCUGUUGCCUUUAAAGGAUGCGGAAAUCAAUAUUUCGCUGCUGACACGCAAGUUUAAAUCGCUGUUGGAAAUGUGGGUUCGUCGUUGCGUUAUAUUUAUAUAG